AUGACAAUUCUUACAAAAUCCUCAUUCCCAUUUCUUCUUCUCAUUGCAGCUGCCUGUGUUAGCUUCUGCCAUGGCAAUUCCAAUGUGCUUUGCAUUGGAAGUGAGAGAGACGCUCUUUUGAAGUUGAAGAAUGAUCUGAUCGAUCCCUCAAACAGGCUAUCUUCCUGGGUUGAAGGUGGGGAUUGCUGUGAAUGGAAUGGUGUUGUUUGCCAUAACACAACAGGUCACGUCACCCAACUGCUCUUGUCUACUCCUGAUGGAUGGCAAGGUUACGAUCGUUCUGCUCUAGGAGGCAAAAUCAAUCCUUCUCUGCUGGAGUUGCAGCAUCUCAAUUGGCUUGACUUGAGCAAUAACAAUUUUAGCAGCAUUCAAAUCCCUGGGUUUUUGGGUUUGCUGGGGAGUUUAACGCAUCUUAACCUCUCUCAAGCACGAUUCCAGGGAGCCAUUCCUCGUAACCUUGGGAAUCUCUCAGAGUUGCAGUAUCUUGAUCUCCGAGGUAAUUAUUUCUCGGAAGAAGUGAAAAGUCUUCAAUGGGUUUCUGGACUUUCUUCUUUGCGGUACCUUGAUUUGAGUCGCAUUCAUCUUGGUAAAGCAACUGAUUGGUUGCAGGUAACAAUAUCCAAUCUUCCUUCUUUGUUAGAGUUGCACUUGUCUGGUUGCAUGUUACAAGAUGAUACAUCUCCGAUCAGCACUGUUAAUUCUAACAAAUCAUUAGUUGUUCUUGAUCUUUCUUGGAACCGAUUAUCUUCAGUUCCAAUGUGGAUAUUUGAUCUUCAUGGUCUUGUGUCGCUUGAUCUUAGUCUCAAUCAUUUGGAAGGCCCAAUUCCAGAUUACUUUGGGAACAUGUCGUUUCUUAAAGUUGUUGAUCUUGGUUGGAACUCACUCAACUCAUCCGUACCCAACUCCUUGUAUAGUUUAAACCACCUUCAAUUCCUUGGUCUUACUGAGAACAAUUUCCAAGGCGAAAUUUCAAAUGCCAUUGGAAACUUGAGCUCUCUCAAUCAUCUUGAUCUGUCGGAAAAUCAGCUUCAAGGAAAAGUACCAGCAUCUUUAGGAGAUCUUUGCAAAUUGAAGGAGAUGGAUUUGUCAUAUAAUAGAAUUGAUCAAGACAUAUCAGAAAUCCUACAGAGUCUGUCUAAAUGCAGUUUGGAGAGCUUAGAGUUAUUGAGUAUGGCAGAUAACCAACUUUCUGGCCAUUUAACUCAUAAACUUGGGCAAUUUAAAAAUUUAGCUUCCCUGGUCCUUGCUCGAAACAACAUUUCUGGUCCCAUUCCAUUGUCGAUAGGGGAGUUAUCAUCUUUGAAGGUCUUUGAUGUUUCAGAAAAUCAAUUAAAUGGUACUCUGUCUCCAAAUUUUGGGAAAUUGGCAAAUUUAGAAACUCUAGAUAUUGGGCAAAAUCAAUUGGAAGGAGUUGUAUCGGAAACUCAUUUUUCUAAUCUCACAAAGUUGUCAAUGUUGUCUGCAUCCGGAAACAUGUUAAGAUUUGAACCAAACUCAAACUGGAUUCCUCCGUUUCAUUGUGAAAUUAUCCAAUUGAGUCAUUGGCAUCUUGGCCCCAAGUUUCCCCAUUGGUUGAAGUUCCAAAAGAAGUUGAUUGCUUUAGAUCUCUCUCAUGCGGGAAUAGCGGACGACGUGCCCACUUGGUUUUUAAACCUUUCCACUCAAUUUCAAAUAUUAAAUCUUUCCUCCAAUCAACUUACUGGAGGGAUUCCAUAUUUGAAAGUAGGAAACAUGGUCGACCUGAGUUCAAACCGAUUCUCUGGUCCGCUGCCAAGAUUGUUGUCAAACCAAUUCUCUAAUCAACUUCCAGUCCGAUUUUAUAGUCUGUCAAAGAAUUUAUUUUCAGGAUCCCUUUUUGAAUUUGUUUGCAAUUCAUCAGUGCCAUCAAUAUUCGUUCUUCACAUUGAUACAAAUCUUCUCUCUGGAGAAAUUCCAGAUUGUUGGAACCGUUGGAAGGAGUUAGGGAUCUUAAAUUUGGGAAACAACAAUUUGACAGGAAGAAUCCCAUCUUCCUUGGGAGGUACACGUCUUCGAAUGCUAAACCUUCGGAACAAUAGCAUGUUUGGAGAAUUACCCUCCACAUUGCAAAACUGUAUGGGUUUGGUUAUUCUUGAUCUCAGUGAAAAUUAUUUCAGUGGAAGAAUACCUGCAUGGAUUGGUGACAAGCUCUCUAUCCUUAUGGUACUAAGCCUCCGGUCAAAUAACUUUGUUGGGCAUAUCCCUCAUCAAAUUUGCGCUCUUCAAUCUCUUCAGAUCUUGGACCUUGGACACAACGACAUUUCAGGAGCUAUUCCAAAAUGUUUGAGAAAUCUAACUGCAAUGGCCAUUAAAGAAAAACAAAGUGAGAUCUAUUACAAUUGGAUAUCGUACAAAUACAAUAUGAAUAUACAUGGGAUCUUGAUGAGUGCGUCAUUGGUGCUGAAAGGGCGAGAGGACUUGUAUAGUACCACACUGGGACUUGUUACAAGCAUAGACCUUUCAGCUAAUAGUUUUACAGGACAGAUCCCAAAAGAAGUUGGAACUCUCAUUGGGCUAUUGUCAUUAAAUUUGUCAGGGAAUAUCCUAACAGGAAAUAUACCAGACAUCAUUGGCAACAUGGAGUUGAUGGAAUCGCUUGAUUUGUCGAUGAAUCGUUUGCAUGGUGGAAUCCCUUCAAGUUUCACAAAUUUGAACUUCUUGAAUCACUUCAACGUGUCCUACAACAACCUGACGGGACAAAUCCCAACAGCUACUCAGCUUCAAAGUUUUGAUAACUCUUCCUUCAUGGGCAAUCAUCUCUGCGGGCCUCCUGUGAGUAAAAGCUGCAGCACUGAAGGUGUUCCGACCGAUGCUACAAAGAAUGGAGAAAGCAGUGGAAGAAGUAAAGUGAACGGGUUUUAUGUGAGCACGGUUGUUGGGUUUGUAAUGGGAUUUUGGGGAGUGGUGGCUCCCCUGUUUUUCAUCAGGUCAUGGAGGCAUGCAUAUUAUGGAAAGCUGGAGCAUAUUGGUAACAAGGUGUACGUGUUUUGGGCUACUAAAUGUAUUUAGUUCCAUAGGGAAACAAAUAAAAUGUAUAAUUAAUGUUUGCGUGUGUUUGUAGUUUGUGUAACUUAUUG